UUAAUGGUUUUUGUUAUGUGUGGAGAUUGAUAUCUACUGUUACUACUACUAUUUGGGGUUGUUGUGUUGAUGUAUAGUUGUUGAAAUUUGAAAAAAAUAAUGAAUAUUGGUAGUGGGUCUGUUCUCAGUUCUACUGGUUCUUGGAAGUCCGGUGAUGUGGUUUCCGAUCAGUUUCCGGUGGGACUCCGGGUACUUGUAGUUGAUGAUGACCCUACUUGUUUAAAGAUCUUGGAGAAGAUGCUCAGGAACUGUCACUAUGAAGUCACCAAGUGUAAUAGGGCUGAGGUUGCACUAUCAUAUCUCCGGGAAAAUAAGAAUGGUUUUGACAUUGUUAUAAGUGAUGUACACAUGCCAGACAUGGAUGGUUUCAAACUUCUUGAGCACAUUGGUCUGGAGAUGGACUUGCCUGUUAUAAUGAUGUCUGCUGAUGAUAGUAAGGAUGUGGUUAUGAAAGGAGUUACUCAUGGUGCAUAUGAUUAUUUGAUCAAACCUGUGCGGAUUGAGGCACUUAAGAAUAUUUGGCAACAUGUUGUUCGUAAAAAGAAACAUGAGGGGAGGGACAAUAAUUUUGAUCAAUCAGGAAGUGUGGAAGAGGGAGAUCGGCAGCAGAAACAAUCGGAGGAUGUUGAUUACUCAUCUUCAGCUAAUGAAGGAAACUGGAAAAACUCCAAGAAAAGAAAGGAAGAGGAUGAAGAAGGUGAAGAAAGGGAUGAUACAUCCUCACAAAAGAAGCCACGUGUCGUUUGGUCUGUGGAGCUUCAUCAGCAAUUUGUACAAGCUGUGCAUCAACUUGGAAUUGACAAGGCUGUUCCCAAGAAAAUCUUGGAACUGAUGAAUGUUCCUGGACUAACCAGAGAAAAUGUUGCUAGCCACCUUCAGAAAUAUCGGUUGUAUCUUAGAAGGUUGAGUGGUGUAUCGCAGCACCAGAAUGGACUGAACAACUCUUUCAUGGGACGCCCAGAUGCAACCUUCGGAACAAUAUCUUCCCUCAAUGGGCUUGAUCUUCAAGCUAUUGCUGCUGCUGGUCAAAUCCCUGCACAAAGUCUUGCUACCCUCCAAGCGGCUGCCCUUGGUAGAUCUGCUACAAAAUCUGCCAUAUCUAUUCCCCUAGUAGAUCAAAGAAACCUUUUCAGCUUCGAAAAUUCCCAGGUGAGAUUUCCAGAAGGGCAACAACAACUGAAUAAUAGCAAUAAGCAAAUCGACUUGCUGCAUGGAAUUCCAACCACCAUGGAACCAAAGCAGCUUGCAAAUUUGCACCACCCUUCCCAGUCCUUUGUGGGUAUGAAUAUGCAAGUAAACUCCAUGGCACAACAUAACAAUUCUGUGGUUAUGCGAAUGCCCCAAUCACAACCUACGGCUCAAAUGCUAUGUGGAGCUAAUAAUGGCAGUCAAGCUUCGAGGCUUCCAUUGUCCAUGCAGCAAUCUUUGUCAUCAGAAGGGAUACCUGGUGCGGUCCUAGCACGGUGUCGUAUUGUUGACAAUGCACGAGCGUGUGUUUACAAUCCAGUCUCCCAAGCAUCUUCAAUGGUAGAUUUCUCAGUAAAUCAAUGCAAGGAGUUGCAAAACUACAACUUUUCUCUUGGGAGUAAUAGUUCAGGGAUGUCCACUUUGACUAAUCGAGGGAUGCUUCAGGAAGAGGUGAAUUCUGAUAUCAAAGGAUCUAGAGGUUUCCCUACUAAUUAUGAUAUUUUCAACGACCUCCAUCAGCCAAAAUCGCAGAACUGGGGUUUACAGAAUGUUGGUUCAUCCUUUGACUCAUCUCAUCACCCAAGUAUACAAGGAACUCAGGGUCUCUCAUCACAAUUGUUACUGCAACAGGGGAUUUCUUCAACACACAACAAUGGACAAAAUAGAAAUGGUCCUAUUGGGAAACCAAUGCACACCAAUGGUGAAGAAAGUGGACAUACUAAUCUUAUGGGUGGACAACAACUUAACUAUGUCAGUAGGAAUAUGCUUGCUGUUAAAGCUGAAAGAUUUCCCGACGCAGACUAUCAGAGUACCAAUUUCCCGGAGCAAUUUGGACAGGAUGACCUCAUGAGUGCCUUCCUAAAACAGCAAGGAAGUGUUGGACCAGUUGAAACUGAAUUUAGCUUCGAUGGAUACACAUUGGAUAAUCUUCCAGUUUAAGAUGUGAACAAAGCUUAGUUGAUGUACCUGACAGUUUAAACAUAUAGGUUGAAGACGCCAGUGUACAUAGUUGCUGUUACACCUGAAAAUUGCCUAUGAACCAAAGUCUCAGUUUUCUAUUCAGCUAUUGAACUUGGAUUCUGGUCUAAAAAGGCGUAGCUGUCGGAUAGAUCACAGAAGGGAAAAGAGUUAGCUGUCGGAUGAUACUAGUGCAUAGUGUGCCAAAGGCAAACAUGCAAAGUUUUUGCUGGUAUUGGUAGGUGAUUGUUAGGAGAAUCACAUUUCGUGGGUGCAGACGUUAGGUGCAGGGAUUUUCGUAAACAGGAAGGUCAAGUUCUAACAUCAAUAAUGCAAUCUUUUCCCUUUCACUUUCAGGAUUGAUGUACAUAUUUCAGUUGAAUCACUUAUUAGGAUAAGUCUGUCGGAUUCCUAUAGUUGUUCAUUGUUUUGCUCCAUUUCAUGUUUUAUUUUUAGGUGUGCAGCUCAAACUCUGAGAUGUAUGUUGUGUAUUAGCUAAUUCUGUAUAGCACUAUCUAAGUUGGGUUUUA